AUAACUGAACAUAUUUCGUGAAUCAUAAGUCAAGAAGGUGCAAUGACAGAUCCAAGCAUAAUUAUUGUUGUGAUCACUCUCGUGACAUUCGUUCUGUGUAUAUUAAUUCUGACAAAAGUAUGUGAAUGUGCUUUCGACAGAAGGAGACAAGUUGAUCAGAGAAGAUCAUCGACUACCUCCAGAACAAGUAUCUAUAUAAUAGAAGACAAUGGAGAAGUUAUGGUUAUCAAUCCAGGGGCAGGCGAUGUAGAAAAAUAUGAUGUUAAACAUUCAUAUGAGAAUCUGGCUCCUCCGCCAUAUUUUGUAGUACUGAAUACUUUAGCUGCAGCCUCCUAUGAAUUACCGCCAUCUUAUCCUAUUGAAACUUGAAGGGAAUUAAUGAUAUAAGAAGGAUAAACAUGUGCUCUCUAUUGUUACUACUCCUUUGAAGCUCGAAUACAUAACUAUACUGAAAUAUAGGAUCAUAGUCACUGAAUGACGCUGACGAGUUUGUAAUGGAAGAAAAUUAUUUAUUUUUUGCAUUAUUAGAAAGAAAUAUAGUAUAUUUUUAAUAUA